AAAUGCUGGCCACCUACUUUUCUAGUCAUAGAAAAGCUCAUCAUGUGAGCUAAUGAAGCACUUAAGAGAAGGUGCUUAACUACUUAUAUAGCAACUAACAAAGGUUGUGGAGGAUGCUUCAGAAGCCUCAAUCUGUUCCAUGACUACUGCCAACUGUGCUAUAAAUAGCUUGGAGUUCAGGUCCUCUACAUGAACCCCUCAUGGGUGCAGAAGAAGAGUAGAAACAGUCAGAGAAAAUGCUUCAGAUGACACGGAUGGAGAGAUCGCCUGCGCUGCACCUGGCAGUGGUGGCUCUGCUGGGCUUCUGCUGCCUCGUCCAUGCUUCAAGUGCUGCGAUUCAAUUUCCACCUGCGGCCCCGAUGGUGCAGCGGGAGACUGAGGCGAUCCCAGCUUCAAGUGGGGCAGAUGGCCAGGCUGUCAUAACACGAGAGGCCAAUUCCGGCGGCUUCAGCAGAAGGAUGGAGAUGGAUAUGGAGCUGGAGGACUACCCGGGCUCUGGGGCCAACGACCGGCACUCACCGUGGCGGCAAGAAAGGAGGAACUGAGAACAUGGAGCAAAGCUGCAUUUGUAUCUGCAGUGUUGCACAGUUGUGUAUAUUUCUCACACUGCCAUAUCUCUACUACUGGUGUAACCUAUAAGAUCGAUUCUUGUUAUUUGCAAGGGCAUCAAGAUCACAUAUAUAAGCAUCAGCUUAGUUGAGUGUACA